CUUCCGGCAUUAGUGUGGGAUCGCUUGCCGCUGUUCAUGCUGUUAUCGAGGCUAACAGCCAUAAACUUGAAACGAGAUCUGACUGGCUCCAAAUCGCCUGACCCCAUAAUUGUUCUAGCCGAUCGGUGUGUGGUGUACCGAUGUACAUGGUAG